UCGGGUGGCCAACCCAACCCAACGAACGUAGACGCAAGCUCAUUUGCAUUGCGCGACGCCGAGUGUCGCUGUGGUGCGAGCGCAAAAAAGUAGUGCGCGCUUCAAACUUUUCUUUUUUUUGUAUUUAUUUACACGAGUCAAUCAGUGUGUGUGUUUAGCAAUACGUCGUAGUGAUAGACGUAUAGAUUAAGUGAUUUACCCAUUAGUAGUGCAUCUUUCUCUUGUGUUUUCGUGCGUGCGCGUGCUUUUGUGUGCGUGUGUGUGUGCAGUGUGCGAUGCCGAUCGGUAGUGCCUGAAGUGAAUCCACCGCCAAGCCGAGAUUUUUUUUUAAUCGUCACGAGUGUAAUUACUAGUACAGGACAGAAAAAAGAUAUAGAGGAUGGAGCAGUUCGAGCAACUGCUGACGUGUGCCAUCUGCUUGGAUCGCUACAGAAACCCAAAAUUGUUACCAUGCCAACACAGCUUCUGCAUGGAGCCGUGCAUGGACGGGCUGGUCGAUUACGUGCGUCGACAGGUCAAAUGUCCGGAAUGUCGCGCGGAACAUCGCAUACCCUACCAAGGCGUCCAAGCCUUCCCGACCAACGUGACGCUGCAGCGCUUCCUCGAGCUGCACAUCGAGAUCACGGGCGAGCUGCCCGAUCCCACCUCGGGCCAGAUCAUGGAGCGCUGCAGCGUCUGCUCGGAGAAGAGCUACUGCAACACCUGCGCCCACUGCGAGAAAAAGUGCUGCCCCGAGUGCAAGGACGAGCACGUCAAGAUACUGCGUAAAAACAUCGUCAGCAUAAACUCGCAGGUUCGACGAGCAUUGCACAGACUGCAGGAGACCUUGGCCCAGGUGGAAAAGAACACGGUGGCGCUGCAGACGAACGCGGCGUCGGUCAGCGAGGAGGUCGACGAGAUCUAUCGCAGGCUGAACAAGGCCCUCAAAGACCGCACCGAGGUGCUGAGGUGCGAGAUCGAUCGUUACUUGGGCCAGGAACUGAAGAGCCUGAUACACCUGAAGGAGAAUCUCGAGCAGGAGAUCGCCAACAUACAGAGCAAUUGCGACCUGGCCGAUCAGCACAUCAACGAGAACGUGCCCUGGGACGACAACGAGCUGCUGGACACCAAGGAGCUGUUUUUGAGGACCCUCGAGUUCAUCAGGAAUUUCGAGUACGAGGCCGGCGACUACACGCGCCGCAUGCGCUUCGUCAUGACGCACGAGCCGAAUCAGCUGGUGCUGCACGUAGCCGGCUACGGCGAGCUCAACAUCAAGCCCGAGGGCAAUACAUCGGCGCUGCUGGGCGGCGUCGGUGGCGGCGGUGUCGGCGGCUCGAGCAGCCUCACGGUGCCAGGCAGCGGCGGCUCGCCGGGGCUCAUGCGCAGCAAGUCCGACCAUCGGCUGGCCUCGCAGUACCGCAGCCAGCAGGACGACGACCGCUCCCAUGGCAGGAACCGCUACGUACCCGACUACGAAUACGACACCCCGGAGUACGAAGCGCCUCGGUCGCGUUCCCGCUACCGGUCGCGCUUUAUGCGCAAUCGGGAAGGCGACGACUCGGACGGCGGCGACGGCAGCGGCGGCCAGAACACGAGCACGACCUCGGGCCGCUCCGGCACGUCGGUGCGCUUUAACGCGCCCAACAGCGGUGGAGGGGAUCAUCAUCAUCAUCACUCGGCGAGGGAGCAUCGGGAGCGCGUGCUCGACACCGAGGACGCCUCGCGCGGCCCGCUCUCCGGCAUAUUCCGCUUGACCGACUCGCCCAGAGUCAUCAAGAAACUCAACGAAUGCGAGCGCGCCGGCAAGCGCAAGAAGAGCGAGCAGCAGACAACGCAGCAGCAAGCGGCUGCCGCGGCGGCGGCUAAUCAGCCCAAACAACAGAUUCAGCCGGGACAGGGACGCAACAAGAGCAGCACGCCGUUCGUCGGGCGCCAAGUGAGCGAGGACGACGAGAUAUCGCGCAUCAAGAAGCUGAACAAGAACGCGCCGGGUGAGCCGCGUCAACCCACACCAGCGGCAACAGCAGCAGCCGUCCAAGAGAGCUUGGCCGAGCAGGAGAGGCGAGCAGCGACACCGACGAGCACCAGCACGAGUCCGGCCGCCAGGCGUACGACCAGCCGGGAGCGCGACACCGAAUUGGCCGAGGAGACGAGUAGCAGCAGCAGCAGAAAGACCCCUUCGAGCCGAAAAACAUCGAGCGAGUUGCAUGGCAGUGGUACCGGCGGCGUCGCUGGCGGACGCAGCAACUCGUCCGAGUCGACGGGCAGCACCGAGAGCGCCGGCGGCGGUGGCUCGAGCAUCAGGAGCACCGGCGCGCCCUUCACCACCGAGGAAAUGAAACAAAAGUUCCUGGCGAGAUCGCCCCAGAACACGAGCAGCAGUAGCGCGACAGCCGGAUCGUUGGGCUCGAAUCGCUCGUCACCGGUGACGAGUAGCGCUGCUACCACCGCUACUACACCGAGACCGUUCCAGAGCCGAUUUCUAGGUAAUCGGACGACGACACCCACGCCGUCGACCACAACCACUCCAGAAAGCAAAACUAGCAGCAGCAGCAACGGCAGUAGCUCACUGACAUCGACACCGGCAGCGGUGUCGAAGAGCCGCAGCGAGGAGGAGGAGGACGACGACGACGAGGAGACGAGCAGCUCGUCCGAGGAGACCGAGUCCGAGAGCGAGGAGGAUUCCGAGCCAGAGGCUACGCCGGCGACUCCAACGAGAUCGUCCGUACCCUCGUCGCCACUGAGUACCAGCGGUACAGGCGGUGGUGGCUACAAACGCAACGAGUCAGCCAUGUCGCGCACCGACAUAGGGCCUCUGCUGGCCCGCAGCGCCGAGGCCAGGCGCGGCAGCAAGGAAGACUCGCCGAGCACGAGCAGCAGGUACGGCACUCCGAGGAGCAGUCCAGCCCAGACAACGACUCCGCCGGCGAGUAGUACCACGGCAUCAUCGUCAUCGGCAGCGGCAUCAACGACGACGCCCUCGUCCUCGUCCACGUCGUCGACGUCGACGCCGGGCGGCUACACCAGCAGAUUUCUGAACAAGAGCAGAUCUCAAGCGGCCUUGAACAGCAGCAACAACUCGACGGAUUCUCGCAACAAUCAACCGAGCAGCAAUCUCAGCAGCAGACACGAUCGCGAAAUCCCGGAGCCGCUGGACCUGAGCAGCAGCAGCGGCGCCAGCAACCAGCAGGACUCGAGCAUGUCGCCGAGGUCGCGCUACGCGGCGAUCAAGGAGAGGCGCCAGCGCCUGGCGAGAUCGCGCAGCAGCCACAACUUCGGUGGCGAGGACCUGGACAUAGAGGAGGACCCGCCCUCGCCGACGACCCAGUCCCCGAACGCCUAUCUGGCGGCCAAGUACGGCGUGGGCUCGGAGCUGGCGAGGUCGCGCAGCACCCAUGCGCUCAAGUCGCGGGAGGCCAGUCCAGAUCGCGAUCGUCCCGGCGCCGAGAAAGACGGCGCCGCGCUCAGCUCAUGGGCCAGAUAUCUCAAAAACAAGUACGGUAACCGCUCCUCCGCCAAAGACAAAGAACCGCCCUCGACAGCCUCGUCCAUGCCAUCGUCAAGACGCGUGGAAGAUAAAAUCAGUGCCUUAUCUAAUUUAUUGAAAGAAAAUAAGUAUCGUGUGGGCGGACGAUUGGGAGAUAAACUCAAUGGUGCAUCUAAUUCAUUGAAUGAAAACAAAUAUCACGUGGGCAGCAGCGCAAGUUCGGCCUCACGAAGACUAUCCUUAGGGCUACCUCUGAGACACAACGCAGGACAAGCCUCCUUCGAAUCUUCUGACGACGAUCAAAAAAACCCGUCAGGCUCCCCCACGUCCCCUACAGCAGCUCCCGCUAUACCCGCGGCAGCAGGUUCCUCCACUAGGGGGAAGUACCUGCUGAAGCAACGGCAGCUGUUUAAAUUUGGGAUGCGGGGGAGCGAGGCCGGAUGUUUUACGUGGCCGAGAGGUCUCGCGGUCGGCCCCGACAACUCCAUCGUCGUGGCCGACAGCUCGAACCAUCGCGUUCAAGUCUUCGACGGCAAAGGCAACUUUGUGAGGGAGUUCGGUUCGUAUGGCAGCGCGGAGGGCGAAUUCGAUUGUUUGGCCGGCGUGGCCGUGAACCGAAUCGGCCAGUUCAUCAUAGCCGACCGCUACAAUCACCGUAUACAAGUGUUCGACCCGUCGGGCCGCUUCCUGCGGGCCUUCGGCUUUCAGGGCUCGGCCGACGGCCGCUUCAAUUAUCCCUGGGGCAUCACCACCGACGCACUGGGCUUCAUUUACGUCUGCGACAAGGAGAACCAUCGGGUACAGGUGUUCCAGUCGGACGGCACGUUCGUCGGCAAGUUCGGCAGCUGCGGCUCGGGCCGCGGCCAGCUCGAGCAUCCGCACUACAUCGCGGUCAGCAGCACGAAUCGCGUCAUCGUCAGCGACAGCAACAAUCAUCGGGUGCAGAUAUUCGACGUGAACGGCCAGGUGCUCAAGGCCUUCGGCAGCGAGGGCUCGGACGAGGGACAGUUCAAGUUUCCGCGCGGCGUCGCGGUCGACGAUCAGGGCUUCAUCGUCGUGGCGGACUCGGGCAACAAUCGCGUGCAGAUCUUCACGCCCGAGGGCGCCUUCCUCAAGGCCUUCGGCAACUGGGGCUGCGGCGACGGCGAGUUCAAGGGCCUCGAGGGCGUAGCCGUCACCUCGGCCGGCAACAUCGUCGUCUGCGAUCGCGAGAAUCAUCGCGUGCAGAUAUUCUGAUGACGAUGACGAUGAUGAUGAUGAUGACGCGCGUACACACACACCUGCACAGCUUUUUUUCGUCGUUACGACAAAACUUGUUGAAUCUUUUUAUUGUAAAUUUUCUAAUCAACAACGUUAUCUUUUCUUCGCCUCAACGAGCCACGUUCAUUGCGCUCUCGUAUUCUCAGUUGUUUGUUCUCGUCGAGGCGAGCGAAAAAGAUUCGCGAAAUUUUCUAAUUGAUCAAGAUCGUUGAAUUAUUUUAAUCGGAUUGUUCUUUUUUUCUUAUCAUUACGCAACACAAAAAAAAAACUCGAUCGAUAUCCAUAUAACUCGUAAUCGAACAAAAAAGAUUUCAGGGAUUUUCACUUUCUUUAUAAAAGCUGUGGCCCGAUGUAGAAUUCUUGGCUUUUCAUCGUGAAGGAGAAUUAAAUUCGAGUGUCAAUCCGUCUGAUCUCUUGAUUAUGCUCUUAUUUAUUGGUACGAGUUGUAUGCUUGUAAAACAUAAUUAGACAAAUAGGAAAUAAAAUUUAUACACUGAGUGUCUGUCGUUCGAAUUAUAAUUUAUAAUUUAUAUCGUUGUGAAUUUUCAAAAGUAUCAAUUUACGGUAUGUGGUAUGUGCAAUUUAUAUAUUGAACAAAACAAGAAAACAGGAUAAUCAAAGUGCGCCGAGUUCACAUUACUUUAUGAACUAUAUAGUGAAAAUAAUAUAAAAGAUACGAAGAACACAUUUUUAUUUUUACUUUUGAAAAAUGACGACACACAACAUUUGUACUGUUUGUAUGCUUCGAAUAAAUCAUUAAUGAAAACAUUUUCAACUGA